AUGAAAUUAAUAUUAUUCAUCUUCGUUCUGGUCAGAGCCGAUUUGGAGGAUCUCAAUCCGGAUGAGGUCAUGAUAGCGCAGGAGUCCCGGCUCUACGAGACAAGGGUGAAGCCCCCAGUGAGGAUAAUCAAGCCUCGUGGUGUAACCAACUCACAUAGACCGCAGUUUAAUCAAGAUUCCGUGGAGGAAGAUAAAGAUACUGUGAAAGAAGCUGUGCUGAUGGCGUUGGAGAGGAAGAACCAUGAGAAAUUCGCGCAGAUCAUACCGAUCAUACGGGCUAUGUCCGGGAAUCAGAGGGUGGCGUUGGCGAACUUGGUGGCGAAUCAAGUGAUGGUGCCUGGGAGACAACUCAGCUUGGCACAGGUGAGAUUACUGUUCAACAACGACAACUCAACCGCAGACCUCAUGCUGCCAAUCCUAAAGGACACAGCCAACUUAUUUCAAAAGUCACUUACACCGAACAAAAAACCACGAGACCUCCGAUACUCCGAAACUCAAGAAAAUCGCAGAAACCCACAUUUCGUUAACACAGACAUACUACUACAUAACCAACAAGAAUUUCCAAACAGACAUUUUCAAAGACGAUCAUCAUCACUCACAGAAGAUGAUCUAAACGAUGAAGCGUUUGAUGUAGGCGUUAGAGAUGCGAACACAUUACCAGAGAGAACAACGAAGUCAGAUAAAAUCAAACUACCGCCACGAUCACUUAAACCCAAUGCCACAGACGUUACUAGAAACACGUUUAACAGAACUCAAGAACAUAACAUUGAUAAUGAAGAUAAUAGAAACACAAGUCGAUCCCAAGCAGAUAUGUCACACCAAAAAGCAAGAGAGGCAACAAAAGUGAAUGACAAUGGAACUUUCGAUUUAAUAACUGAUGCUACUAAUCAAAGCGUAUCACAAGAUUUGCCCAUGGCUGAGAAACUUCGCUCGCUUAAUAGAUACAUUGAUAGAAAGGGUAACCUGAUCCGUCGUGGUAUUUACCCACCGAAAGCAACGACAGUCAGGCGAACGAAUGCUGAGCCCACAGUAUCGCCGAUUCACAGACGAAGACCACUUCCAUCCAGAAAGUUGCCAGCUACGAACGACCAGGCAAAAUGUGAAAUGUUUACCAAUACGCUUUGCUUGCACAGCGAAGAUUAUCCUACUGACGCUAUAGUGCAGUCAUUGCGACGAAACAAAGCAGCUGGAGCCCUACUUGCUGAUAUCAAAGAUCCCGGAGAGGGCGCUGUAGACGGCAUAUCUGCUGCACAAGAAGCUAAAUACACCGCCGAUCACUAUUUAAUAUCUAGCAGGCGAGGCGAUACAGCGAACCGAGAUUUCGCGAGCGCAGGUGAAGCUGGUUUCAUGUGCCCAAGUACAGUGAAGUACGCAAGACCGCAAAGAGCUCGUGCAACCUCUGGCCAAUGGAAGUACAUCGUCAAUACAGGAGAGCACACUCAAACUUUAAGAUUGGAGAAGUGCUUGAAACCAAAAGAAUCCUGUACGUACUUAACUGAUAAUUUCAAAUCAAAAUGUGUCCAAGUUUACAACUAUCACAGAUUAUUGACUUGGGACCAACAGAAUGGGUUGCAUAUGGACAUUUUCAAGGUUCCAACGUGUUGUUCAUGCCACAUCGAGGGGUACAGUGUAUCUUUUCCACCUGUGGGACAGAGAGUUCACGAAACGUCAUCUGAACAUUUCCCAGGCGAAGAUUUGUCUUCAGAACAUGGAAACCGAGCUUUUGAAGAUGUCCAGUCAACUGUUCAACGCCCAACUUUACACAAAUCACCUGGUUUCGGUUUAAAUAGGCCAUUGGAUACCUUCCCAUCCUUUGCUGAAAACACCCUUCAGGGAUCAUCGUUUUCUAAACCAAAUAAUGAAGAGUUUGAGAAUGCACCCGUAGCAGGCCCGACGGAUUCAUACGGAAAUUCAUACUUCCCCGAUACAUUUAAACAAGCUAGCUCCAUUCGUAAUAUUAAAAGACCUGUGCCCAGAAAUCCAGCUGGUAUAGCCAAUCCAGCAGCUAAUAUAGCUUUGGAAUCAGUUACUCUACCAAGUUAUUUAGAACCACCAACGCCAUCAGCUCCAUCGUCACCGUUUUCAUUCUCAAAAGAUUCGCUAAGUAAAUAUAAACUUAGUGAACAGUUCAAGCGAGGCCCCAGACCUAAUAGAAGGCCUAUCAGAAAGAAAAUUUCCAGCGCUCCUGAAGAUUUAAUGUCAUCGGGAACAUCAGCAAUUGGUUCUUUCCAACCAGAUGGCUUUGAUACGUUAGAAGAUAUGAAUGAUGAAAUAGAAGAACCACAGGUAAAUAAAGUGAUGCCUAGGCCCACAAUAUUAAAAAAAUUGCCAGCUAUGAAAGAAAAUAAUUAUCACGACCAGAGUAAAGACGUCACUGAUGAAAAUGGUAAAAAAAUCAACUAUAAUUAUCACCCUAUCAUCGACUUUUUUGAUGACAUUGACAAGGAGAAUGAUUCUAUAGAUCGAGAGGACAAUUUGGAUUCUUAUGGACAAUCGUCUGAAUCGGAAUGGAAGCCUAUAAGUCAUACUCCAAUCGAUCGAAGGAAGCAUUAA